UUAGUGCAAUAUUUAAUGGUCUGUAAGUACUGCUCACAUUCUUUAUGAAACUUAGCUAAGAUAAUGACAAUAUUGAUUAUGUGAGCUUGUCUUAUUCUCUCUUUUGUAACUUAAAUAACCCAAACAGUACAUGUUUAUACAAUAAAGCAAAAACAGCCAUAAAUGUAACAUCAAUAAACUUGGAAACCUCUUGCCACAGUCUUUUAGAAUAGUAACAAUGAUAACAGAAAUGAGGCCCAGUUUCAGUGUGUGCAGGGCAAAAUGAACACUAUAUUAAUGUUAUUCUUAAAUCGUUUAACAAAAUGUUUUACAGGGUAGAAUUUGUGUGUAAGCUUAAAGGACACAUCCUUUAUCUUACUGGUGAUGAGAUAUUUGUGAGGCAACAGCCAAACCAUCUGCCAUCGAUUAUCACCAUGGUUGGUCUUUAUUAUACAUCCAUGAAUAUCUCUGACAAAAUUUUUCCACUAUCUUCUUCUUCUUUAAAGGUUUAACGGCAGCAUUACUGCCAUCUUCUGGAGUUAAUUAACUCCUACAGACUGCGGAUUGUCAGACCCUCCUACGUUACAACCAACAUUAUUUGAUGAGUAUUUGUCCCACCUUCGUCUGUUUGUUGUAUUAAAGUCUAAUUUGAUUCAGUUGUGUCAACGACUGACUAAUUGAAUGUAGGUAUAUAACAGGUAGCCAAUAAAUAACGAGUAAGGGGGAUUCAUAGAUAUAUUUACACGUGUAUUAAUGAUAGGAUUAGGGCGACUUUACGUGUUAUCUGUUAACUAGUUAUGACAAGUGCGUACCCUGUAGAUUUAUCACAUUUGUUAUAAUAAUCACAAAAGACAAAACUUGUAAGAGAUAAAAAUUACAAACCUCUGAAAAGCUAGCUAAAAUGAUGUCUUGUGUGCACACAACUGAAAUGGAUCUAAAUGCCUUAAACGGUCUAAAAAUUGAUUGUAUGAAUGGUGAAUAGUCUUCAAAACACAAAAUACAGCCGCUCAGCACUUCUUUAUCGUAUUACUUGGAUAUCUGAUAAUUUUCCAGGUGUGUUAGUUCUAUAUUAGGGUGUAUUUUACCUUUAACCAUGUAACAAGUUCCGAUGUUUAAACUAGGAAGCAGGAGUUUACGAGGAGCCCUGAACGCAGCACAAGUGCAUGGUGCAGCAGGGGGCGUCAGGCAGCUGUCUGACUGUUUUGAGACUGUUUUUAUUGUCCGAAGAAGUGAAACUUUUCACUAUUGUAGCCGAUUCUUGAGUUGCAGUUAUUUAUUCAGUGGACUGUGUCUGAACAAAACUAGACCAACGUGGAAGACCGUCUUAUGGGACAAAACAGUUCACAGGGUGUCAGCAUGACUUCCUCUGUCCGUGUCAUCGUGGUGGGAGCUGGCAGUCGAGGGGAGAUCUACUCCAAGUUUGCCUCCAUCCACCCUGAACGCAUGAGGGUUGUUGCAGUAGCUGAUCCCAGAAAAUUUGCUCGCACGAAACUUCAACGGCAACACAAAAUUGUAGAUGAAAACAUAUUUGAAGACUGGCACAGUAUCGUUGAAAGAGAGAAGUUUGCAGACGCUGUGUUGAUUUGUACUCCAGACCGCCUUCAUAAGGAACCUGCGGUGGCCUUUGCAAAGAAGGGCUACCAUGUACUGCUGGAGAAACCAAUGGCAACGACUGCUGAAGACUGCACAGCAAUGGUGGAGGCUUGUAUGCAGAGUGGUGUGAUGCUAUCGGUGGGUCAUGUUCUCCGCUAUGAUCCCGUCAUCCACAAGAUUAAGGAGCUGAUAGAUGCUGGUGUUAUUGGUGAUGUGAUCCAUAUUCAGCACCUUGCGCCGGUUGGAUUUUAUCACUUCGCCCACUCAUUUGUUCGAGGAAACUGGAGGAAUGAAGCAGAGAGCUCUUUUGCUCUUUUGGCCAAAUCAUGUCAUGAUAUCGACCUCAUACAUCACUGGGCCGGAGGACGCAGGUGUGUGAAAAUGUCAUCAUUUGGAUCCGUCAGCCACUUCCACAAAGACAACAAGCCAACAGGUGCUGCAGAUCGCUGUCUGGAUUGUUCAGUAGAAGCAGUCUGUCCUUACUCAGCACGCAAAAUCUACCUGGACAGAGUGAAACAGGGUCACACCGGAUGGCCCGUAUCAGUCAUAUGUUCGAGCUCGUUCCCAGACAUCGAGUCAGUAACUGAGGCACUGAGGACUGGACCAUAUGGCCGCUGUGUCUACGAGUGUGACAAUGAUGUCUGCAGUAACCAGGUUGUUAACAUGGAGUUUGAAGGGGGUCUGACAGCAGCCUUUUCCAUGGUGGCGUUCAGUGAGGAGAUAUGCAAGAGGAAAACAACUAUGUAUGGCAGCAAGGGGGAGCUGUCAUAUGACGGCCAUGAGAUACAUGUCUUUGACUUUCUGACCCAGAAAUCCACAAAACACACAGCACGCAAUAACGCUCCCGAACACUUUGGCAUGAGUGGACACGGUGAAGCAGACUACCACCUUAUGGAGGCCUUUAUCUCUGCUGUGGCGAACAACAAUCCAUCUCUGAUCCGCUCGGGUCCUGAGGAGACGCUGCUGAGCCAUUUGCUGGUGUUUGAAGCGGAGCGUUCACGACUGGAGAGCAGGGUGGUUUACUGUGGUGACACAAGUCAGAGCUAGAAGACUAAAAAUCAUUUAAUCUCAUCUUAAAAACAAACACUAUAAUGAUCUGAAUGAUUAAUGAAACAAUUAGACUGAUGAAUGAAAGGCCAAAUCUUGAAGUUUAAUUCACAUUGCUCAGGGAUUUUAAUUGUGUAUUUAUAAUCUGUGUUUAUGAAUGAAUGAGUGAAUCUGUUCAGUUUUUAAAUUAUAUAUGUCCUAUGUCAACAUUAUGUGUUUGUUAAUUUGUGAUGUUAUUAUAAUUUCUUGAUAAGAAGUGUUCAUGUAACAGACUCAUGAUCUCCACUGAAAAUUGUGAAUCUGUUAAAUUAAAAUUGUCUUUGAUUUCUA